AUGUGGAAAGCCCACGUGGAUACAUACAACGCGGUUUACCCAGCCUUAUUGGCGGAGCUGGGGGCGGGCCGGCAGGUGGAGAACGACUGCUGUGCGUCCAUGCUGGUGCAGGUGCUGGGGGUGAAGGAGAGUGGUGACCUGCAGGAAGGGUUUGGAUUCUUUGUGCGGCAUCUGCUCUCAUACGGCCUCGAGAAUGCGCAUGCGGAGGGGAGGCGGGGAGCCGGGGAGAAGGAUUCGGCGCGUGUGGGGCACGGGCAGCGAUGGCCGUGGCACGGAGGAUGCGGAGGCGGCCGGCCGACUGGGGGGGGGGGACACCGCAAGCUGGUAGCGAUGUUCUUCGUGGGGUCAAGGAGCACACCCACCGGCAGCAUGGAGGAUGCAGCCAUUGAGGCGGUUAGUGAGAGGCUCAGACAGGCGGGUCUGGCAAGAGGGGUGAGCGAGGGAAGGGCAACUGGAGGAGGAGGACUGGAGUUAGCAGCAUCAGCUGCUCCAACAACACGGCCACCUGCUCCGAGUGCUGCUACUGUCUCACCCCGAGCUGGAUCGUCUCUUUGCAGUAGCGGAUCCACCGGCAACAGUGGGAUGCUCAAUCCUAGCCUCGUGCCCAGUCCUGUUGUCAACAGAAAUGCGAUGCUCAGCAGCCGUCCUUCUGGCCUCGUGCCUGUAAACACAGACCCCGCUCUUGGUCUCCUCACGUAUCGGGUUGCUUGCAUCUUGCAGUGGCUCCGGAUCUACGGCUCAGAUUUCAUCUCCGCAAAGACGUGCUUCAAGGACAACCCACAGGGAAGGGUCAUGCCCAUGCGCCACCCGGUUCAGGAUCUUCCGAACCUGUUGGCCAGGUUUGGCACUGUUCCCCAACCUACUGUCAAAAGCAGCUGCUUUCCUGAAUGGGAGGAGUGGCCCCAGGGGGACGAAGCUACUAUAAAGUUUCCUGAUGACCCAAGCGCCAGAUGUUUCUGGCUGGGCAGGGCGGAUGACAGGCAGGGUCUCAGGGACAAAGGCCAGGUGGCAGCGCAGCAGGGAAGAACCCGGAAAGCGCGGAAAGCUCCCAGCAAAGAAUUGCUUCCUCCUCCUCGGAGCGAGAUGCGUCCCAUCGUCCGUUGCAGGGCAGAUGCGGACUUGAUAGUUGAGUUUGCCGGUAUGCUCUUCGAGCCACCGGUGUGCGCCCACUGCAGCGCAUGCAUCGCCUCGUACACUCUCCUAGUCCCCUUUGUCACUCUCGUUGCCAACUUUGCCUAUCGCCCCGCCUCCGUCCUUAUUGACCACUUCGUCUCUGUCUUCCCGCCCCACACCGCUGAGUUUCACGAGGUUGUGAACCGCUUGACGCUGGAUGGUCGCACACCGCGUUGCAGCCUGCACGCGCUGCGGGAACGGGUAGAGCAGGUUCCGAUCGCCUUCCUGCUCUCCCUUGCCCUUAUCUUCCCUAGAGAGCUCUUGCAGCAGAGUGGGAUUCAAGGCGAGCUGAACUCGUGGGCUGCUGGAAGAAGCUACGGGGCGAAAGGGAAGGCUGGCAGGAGGAGGGCGGGGAGUGGGGACUGUGUGGACGGUGGGGAAACAGGGGGAGGUGGGCUUGGUGAUGGUGAUUGCGGAGGUGUGUGGGAGGAGGUGCAGUCGUGGUUCGUGGUCGCAAUGCUACCGGCUGGUGCCAUGGAGGGGGGCGGGCCCGGCUGCAGCGGCAGCCAGUCAAUAAAGCGUGCUACAAUGGCACACAAGAGAUUGGUUGCGGAGAUGUAUGACUGCUCUCUGCUGCCCAGGUUCUGUGAAGACUUGAAGCACACGGGUGGGCGUGGCAGUGCCUGUGGCAGCAGCGACAGCAAACUGAAGGGCAAGAAGGCGGAGGAGGCGGCUUAUCUGAAGGCAUGGCCGGGGGGAUUCAAUCCGGUGGCUUGUCUGCGAGAGAUGCUGCUGGGGGAGCCUUGCUACCACCCGGCCUCCGAUGCUGCUCGCUCCACCUCGGCUGCUGUAAGAACCCGUGUUGCAUCGUCAACUGCUGAAUCAGGAUACUCAGCUACUGCUGCAGCUUCUUUUGACGAUCCAACCAUUAUCGCUGCACUGAGCAUAGCUGCAGCAGACGUUUCAACAGCGAGCGUUACUUCAAAUGUUGGAGCCUCUGGUGGUGCUGCUUGUGCGGGGCGCGUGUGUGGUACAACUGCCACCCAAGGCUCUGCUUCUGCAGCUUGUGGAGAGCGUGUGUGCGGUGCAACUGCCACACAACGCUCUGGUCCUGCGCCUAGUAGGGGGCGUGUGUGCGGUGCUGCAGGGUGUGAGAGGGUGGAGUGUGGUGGUGUGAAGCUGAGGAGUUGCGGGGGGUGUGGCAAGGUGGCGUAUUGCAGCAGAGACUGCCAAAAGGCGCACUGGCCCUCCCACAAACCCACAUGCCCUGGGAGGACCGACGGGAAGAGAAGAGGGAAAAACAGUGCCAAGCCCCAACUCGUCUUACCCACUGACGCACCGUGUUCCUCUCCCCUUACAUUCUCACCACUUCACCUGUUUUGCACUCAUGCACUUACCCCAUCACUCACUCGAUACUUGCUCCGGACAGGCCUGAAGCACUCGUGUGCAGUUAUGUGA